AUGGCAGCAGUCCUCCUACGUCUCCGUCCGCUUUCUGAAUCUGACAAUCCCUCUCGAGAUUCCAUACACGCCAGAGUCGCCAGCGAUGUCGCAAGAUAUUACAAGAAAGCAGGAUCAGCAUCGGGUCCUAUCUCUGUCGAUAUUGGACCAGCGUAUCACCCACGAUUUUACCACCGGAAUUCCUGGGAACUAGAGUCUCCUGAAAGAACCGAACCUAAUUCACCAACAGAGUCAUUUUUUGCUUCUCCCAUUGAAAGUCGCCCUUCCUCUCCGGUGGGAUCUACGGGUAGUAUGAUUACUCACACCUCCUCUCAGACGGACGACUCAUCCACAGAAUCUAGAGACAUGACAAAGAGAAUCGAUGAAUCAAUCAAAGAGCGAGACAAAGCAACGGAACGCAGCUCCAAUCUUCUCGAGCAACUCUUGAUGGAAAAGUCUAAAAGCUUGAUCCUGGAAAAGGAAAGAGAUGACGCAAUUCUCGGUGCCGCAGAAACCAAGACGAAGUACGAAAUCAUAGAGAAGGAAAACGAUGAUGCCAAGCGCAAAUUAUGGGAGGCACGGUAUCAGCUGACUAUAUUGGAGAAGAGGAAGACGGAUCUCUUUGCAGGCGAGAAAAUAGCAUUGGUGCAGGCGGAGAGAGAUCAAGCUAUUUUGCAAGCAGAGGCGAGUUUGAAAUUGCAGAAGAAGGCGGAGAAAGAAAAGGAUGAGGGAAAGCAACUUAUAGUUGAAGUCACAGAAUGGCAGAACGAAAAAGUGAGGGAGAUCAACGAAGCGAGACGAGUCGCAGCCAAGAGAUUUGAAGAUAUGGAGUUGGCAGAAAGAGAAAGAGAUGAUGCAUUGCAGCUUGCAUCUGAGAGAUUGAGUCGAAUGAAUGACGCGCAACGAAUUGCAUUGGUGAGAUUGAAAGAGAUGCAGCUGGUUCGGAAGGAAAGAGAUGAAGCCCAGCAACAUGCAGCAGAGAGCUUGGGAAAAUGGAUUAGCUUGGAACAAAAAUACGAAGAAGUAAAGCAUGAAGCACAUUUGCUGCGAACGGAAAUAGAGAGGAUGAAAGAGGAAAAGAAAGGACGGGGCUACUGGACAUAUUUCCUUGGUGCAUUGUUCGAUUGA